AUGACAGACCUACACCCACCCCGGAAGCGCCGGCGCCCAGCUCAUUCCUGCAUUGAGUGCCGCCGCCGCAAAGUGAAGUGCGACCGGGCCAGACCGUCCUGCGCGCAGUGCAGGGCGCUGGAUCUCACUGCGGCAUGCGCCUAUGACGACAAUUCUCGCGGGUCCACGCAGAUUCGUCCAUCACCGAGGCAGUACAAUGAGAGAGAAACAAAUGAACAGACCGAUGAUCAGUCACGAGCAUCUGCUAUAGAAAUAACGCCUCAGAACUCUACGGCUAGUUCGGGUGGGAUACGAGGCACCAUAUCCAAGACGCGCGUUUUUGGAAAUGGCCAUUGGAUGAACACGUUCUCGCUGAUGGAAGGGUUGUCGACCCUCGACCCUAUCCACGAAUGUUUUCACGCGUUCUCGAGAAUUGCGAAUGGCGCGCCCAGCGAUGAGGUGGCCGACACAGUUUCCGAGUGCAAGCGUUUGAGUCAGACGAUCAAGCGGCAUCGCCCCAGUCGGAGAGCUCUUCCUGCUGAUCUCCAUAACUCACUGCCGAGCCGCGACCUUAUAGAUGCAUUGAUUCAGAUCUACUUCACCACGUUUGAAUCUUGCUAUGGGAUCCUGGACUAUUCUUCGUUUAUGGCAGAGUAUAUGGCAUCGUCGGAGAGUGCUGAAUCUGCGGACCGCUCAUUUCUGCUGGUGAUCCUUCUCGUCGUGACUGUCACGGGCCCGUUGCAUGACGAAGCUAGUGUGCGCAGCGAGAUGGCAGCAAAAGCUCGAACAUCGAUUGAUAUCGCCCAGGCGUGGCUCUCUGCGCCGCUAGAGAAGGACCGACUGUCGCUAAGGGCCCUCCAGGUACAUUGUCUCUUGUUACUCUCUCGUCAGAUCAACCAAGUUGGCGCCGACCUGGUAUGGAUCUCAGCUGGCUCUCUAUUGAGGAUGGCGAUGCAGAUGGGGCUACAUCAAGAUCCGGACCUACUCGGCCAGAUGGACACCGGGGAGAAAAAUCUGAGAAGACGGCUGUGGUACACGAUGAUUGAGAUGAACCUGCACGCAGCGAUCGACGCGGGCAUGCCACCGAUGGUUACGAAUGAAGACUUCAACACCAAGCCGCCUUCGGAGGUGGAUGACCGCAGCCAUACUAACUUCCAGGCCGUUCUUGCCAAGUCGCUUUCCCUCCGGAUACGCGCAACGAGGGUGAUCAACAGCAUGCAAGACGAACCGGCGUACGACCAAGUUCUCGAACUCGGAAACCAGCUGGCAUCGGCUUGCUCUGAGGCAGUUCGUGCUAUCGCCCAGUGCACUUCCACAACCGGCUUUGCGUCCAGCUUCUGCAGUCACCUCCUCCGUCGCUUCCCGUUGAGCCUCCACUACAGGUACGCCAUCCGAGCCAAGCCAAACCCACUAUAUAGCCACUCGCGACAUGCCUGCUUGGAAGCCGCGCUUGACUUGGUCUCUCUUCUCGAAGACAACAUUUACGGCCGGGUUCUCGUCACCGGAGGAGGCAUGUUUCGCGAUCUUAUUACCCGGGGUGCCUUGGUCAUAUUCCUUGAACUGAGUCCCGAUACCGAAGCAGACGCUUCUAUCUUCGCGAAAAGGCGGAAUCGGGCUCGGCAAGAGCCUCUACUGCAGGAUGCGCGCCGCGUAGUGCAGUACGCGAAAGAUAGGUAUGAUGCUAGCCCAGGCGGAAGCUCGGCUUAA